AAAGAGAAGAAAACGGUAUUACAAACCUCUUUCUCUCUUCUCCUUGUUCCUGUCCUAAUUUUUUGCAUAAAGAAAGGGGGAGAAGAAUCUUAAUACUAAAUAAAUAGGGAGUUUCUUCAGCUGCAAGCAAGCAUGGGAGAUCAUUUCGUGCUGUUUGUGGAUCGUUUGAUAACGGAAUCCACGAUUGAGGAAGCGAUUCAGAGCAGGAACCGUAUGCUGCAAGCCAACGCACCCGUCGAGGAGGAAGGUUGUAGAAUCCUCGAUGAGAAAACACAAGAGAAGCUGCGUAACGGAGAUUUGUCAAUGGUGCUGUGCAGGAUUUGUCACGAUGAGGACUUGGAUUCAAAUAUGGAGACUCCUUGCUCUUGCAGCGGCAGCUUGAAGUAUGCACAUAGGAGGUGCGUGCAAAGAUGGUGUAACGAGAAAGGAAACACUAACUGCGAGAUUUGCCAUCAGGGAUACAAGCCAGAUUAUACAGCGCCAGCUCCAUUGUUAGAGUUGGGGCAUGUUCCUCUUCAUUUCAGGGGAACCUGGGGAGUAUCACAACGUGAGCAUCGUUUCAUCACUGUUGUACCUGCUGAUCCCACUUUCAUCCACGAGCAUCAAUAUCCUAUUUCUUCCACCACAAGCUUCAUCUGCUGCCGUUCGCUUGUUCUCAUCUUUAUGGCUCUUCUGAUUCUCCGACACACCCUUCCCUUACUCCUUACCGGAUCAAACCUCAAUGUCUUCCCUUUGUUCAUGUUGUUGUUUCUGAGAGUACUCGGGAUCAUGCUACCAAUCUAUGUAGUCACCAAAGCAGUCGCCACCUGCCGCCGCCAUGCUCAGAACUUGGAAACCUCUGACUCUGAAGAUUCAUCUGAUGAAGAAGCAGAGUUGUGGCGCUUGCCUCAAACGCAAUCUUACAUUAUAGGCGUGCCAUGAAACACUGUUUAUUUAUCCAGUUUCACAUUACAUAACAAGACGAUGUAUUUGUAAAUAUACACUCUCACCUAUACAUGUAAAAUGUUGAAUUUGAUUUAACAGAUUGAAGUUG